AUGAUCCAAUCGGUGGGAGUGGGAGUGAGAAUUCUCGCGCUGUGCUCUGGAGAGAAAACCAAUGAGAGCGCUCGCAACUCGAUUGUUCUUAGCUUUGGAAGGCACAAGGGGAAGCGCCUAAGCAGCGUCUCCAAUUCUUACCUCUCGUGGAUGGUCGCCAAUCUCCCCGGCGAUCCAUGGGCGGACUUGGCACAGCAGCACCUCUCGGAUCGCCGGUCCCCUCUCUCCUCCCACUGGCGAUGGAUCGAAUCGUCGCUCGCGAGCGCCCAGUCGCUGGAAGAGGCGCGUGCGAUCCAGGCCCGGAUCUUCGCGAGCUUGCCUGGGGCCGCGGAGGAUGCCCAAGUGGGCAAUCUUCUCGUCCAGGCGAUGGCGCGAUUGGGCGGGACGAAGGAGGCGCGCGUGGCGUUUGCGAGGAUCAAGAUCAAGGACGCCGCGUCGUGGAGCUCGAUGAUCGAGGGGUACUCGCGCAAUGGGCAGCACCGCAAGGCGAUCGAUCUCUACCGGAGGCUGUUGUUCCAGGCGGAGAUCGAGCCCAAUGCGGCGAUCUUCGCGGCCGCGCUCGAGGCGUCAUCUUGA